AUGCUGCGUCGUGCUCAGAGACCUUUUAUAGGCGGAGGUAUAAAUGCCGGCAAUGAGGCCUUUCUCUCCAUGUGUACACCACUGUGGUUAUCCCGACGUGGUGUAUUUGCAGAUAAAGUGCGGGCUGGGAUGAUUCUCAAUGUGGAUAAGCGGCACUAUCGAGUAGUGGCCAACACCCGAUCCCAAAAGGGACAAAAUGCCGCUUCUUUUAAUAUUAAACUCGUGGAAGUUGGAACUGGGCGUAAGAAGGAAGUCACCGCCGGUCAAGGACAUGACUUUGCAGAAGUACGGGCAGAACGUGUGCGGUUACUUUUUAGUGGAUUUGAUGAUGAUGAUAUGGCUUGUUUUGUUUAUCCCGAACACAGUUCAGAUGCGGGGAAGGAAGUAAAUAUUCCCGGUGAUUCUCUACCGGAUGUUCAGCAGAAAUUUCUCUGUUGUGGAAUGCCGGUGGAUAUACUUCACAUUAUUCCCGAUGAUGAGGAUGGACCAGAGGCAAAGGAUAUAUGGGCAGAGGUGAUUAUGCCUAGCAGUUAUGCCUAUACAGUGGAGAAGAUGUCUUUAAAGGGUAUGUAUAGAAUGGCCUCCUUUAAAGAGUGUGAUGGGGUGGUGGGUGUGAAUGACUCUGUGCAGGUGAAUGAUAAAGUGAAGGUGAUGAUAAAGCCCGAUGGCACCGCUGCCUUUGGUGGACGUAUUACGUGA